CUCCCAACGCCUACGUGUCGAAACCAACGGCUUCAAUCCCACCAUCGAAAACCAUUGCAUUUUCUUCGAUGUUUUGUACGUUUUCUCUUCUUGCAAAUGCGCGCUAAUUCCCUCCUAUCAAUGCAAUCUCUUGACAAAAAGGCCCUUCCCUUUUGAAAAAAUGUACACAAUUUUCUGAAUUUUGCUCUCUUUUUUCAUUUUUGGGGGUGAUAGAGAUGAAUGGGACCCUUCCCUUUUGAAAAAACGUACACAUUUUUCUGAAUUUUGCUCUCUUUUUUCAUUUUUGGGGGUGAUGGAGAUGAAUGGGGAUGCAGAGAAGCCUAGUUUCGAGGUGGGAGUGGUGGUACCAAAGAUUGGUGUGAAGGAUAAAGAUUCUGGGCAUGAUUGUAUAGAUUUCUUGGUCUUGAAAUUAGAAAGGGUGGGUUUGAUUGUUGAUAGAGUUCUUGGAAUUUCAGAUGAAUUUUUAAAGUUGGCAGCAACGUUAGAGGCUCUGGGCAGAGCUGCAACAGAGUUGCAGAUAAAGAAGCUUACUUAUGUUGGUAUCGAUUUGCAGUUUGAAUGGGAUCAAUCCGAAGCAUUUGUGAGACAGCCAGAUGGUUCUUUGUUCAAUUGGUGCGAGCGUUUUCGUUGUUUCCAUCACUUGAUUUAUGGAAUUGUGAACAAAGGUGAUUCGGCUGUAACCCUAACGUUUGACAGAAAAGAGUUUAAAUGGGAAAUUGGCGAGUCUUUGCUCAAAAGGAUGGAAUGCGAAGGCAUUGUUAAACAAGUGUUUCCAUUGCAUGAUGAAACAAAGAGGAAGCAACUGUUGAGAAAGUGGGCUCUUAACUGGAUGGACUUCACAUGGCAGCCGAUUGAUGAAGUUUAUGCAUAUUUUGGGAUGAAGAUAGCUACAUAUUUCUCAUUUCUUGGAAUGUACACGCGGUGGUUGUUUUUACCAGCUGGAUUCGGGCUAAUUUUGCAGUUGAUUAAUUUUGGAUCAUCACAGUUAUUAGGGCUCCCUAUUUUCUUCGCAUUCACUAUAUCAUGGGCUGUGCUGUUUCUACAAUUCUGGAAGCGCAAGAAUUCUGCUCUCUUAACAAGAUGGCAUGUAAGUUAUGCGGUGGGACUGGAAACAGGGUCUAAAGUCACAGAUGCUGGAACUAAUUCUUUCAUCCAAUCCAGUGUAGAACUUGAAAAGAAACCAGUGAUCGAUAAGCCGAAGGAAAGAGACAAAGCAUUUCAAAGAGAGGAGUGGUUUGGACAGCUUCUAAGAUUCAGAAAUGAUACCAUUGUAGUCUUGGGUAUCAUUUGUCUCCAGUUGCCAUUCGAGUUGGCUUAUGCACAUUCAUAUGAAGUUGCAGAUUCCGAUACUAUGAGGUUCGGACUGACAGCUGUGUAUCUUUUGGUCAUUCAAUACUAUACUAAGAUUUGUGGCAAGAUUUCAGUCAAGCUCAUCAAAUACGAACGUAAUGGAAGCACAGAAUCUAGUGCCGAUAGCUUGGUCUACAAGGUUUUUGGUCUUUAUUUUAUGCAGUCAUACAUUGGCUUGUUUUAUCAUGCCCUUGUGUACCGUAACUUUAUGACCCUUCGUCAAGUUUUGAUUCAGCGUCUGAUUGUAUCUCAGGUAUUGGAAAAUCUACUCGAGAAUUCCAUCCCUUACCUGAAAUACAGCUACAAAAAAUACAGAGCUGUUCGCAAGAGAAAGCACGAGAAAGGGUUGUCAGAAGGAAAGGCAGUCCAGCUGGCUUAUAGGGUAGAGAAGGAGUAUAUGAAACCAUCUUAUAGUGCAAGCACUGGGGAGGAAUUAGAAGAUGGUUUAUUUGAUGAUUUUCUGGAGUUGGCCCUGCAAUUUGGAAUGAUCAUGAUGUUUGCAUGUGCAUUUCCUCUUGCUUUUGCUUUUGCUGUUUUGAAUAACAUUACGGAGAUUAGAACAGAUGCACUAAAGCUGCUUGUUAUGUUACGGAGGCCUAUUCCUCGUGCUGCUGCAACAAUUGGAGCCUGGCUGAACAUAUUUCAGUUUCUGUUAGUAAUGUCAAUCUGCACCAACUGCGCACUUUUGGUUUGCUUGUAUGACGAAGAAGGGAAGUGGAAAAUAGAGCCUGGACUCGCAGCGAUUCUCAUCAUGGAACAUGUUCUCCUGCUAAUCAAAUUCGGAUUCUCUCACUUUGUACCUGAGGAACCCGCAUGGGUGAAAGCAAAGCGCGUGAAGAAUGCAGCGCAGGCACAUGAAAUGUGCUCUAAGCAAUUGAGAAAUCUUUACAGUCUAGAAAAGAAGAAGGAUUGAACAUGCAAGCUUCCUAUUUCUAUUAUUCUGAUAUCCAGGCCUAUCUCGCAUUCUCUGAAGUCUCAAACAAUAUCUACAUUAACCAUAGCGAAAAAGGAGUACAUUGGAAAUGUUUCAGGGUCACAUAAAAGGAUCUUGAGGUUUCUUAGCUGAUUUUGGAAAUUCAGUGAGGUGGGUCUGUCUUGUUAGAUGAAUUUGGCAAGAGUAGUUACUGCUUCCUAUCCUAAACAACCAGUGCCAGCAAAGAUUCAGGUGCUCAGAUGGGGAAGUGAAAUGUUGUUGUUUAGAUGGUUUGGGGAUUUUGGUAGGUAUGCUUUGUUGAAUGGUUUGCUUUUGUAGAUUGAAUAAAUGAUUGAGAUAUGAAGAUAGAUGAUCAUGUUCUUAUUUUGAGUUUUGUUGAGAAAUAGGUCAGUUAAGGCCCUGUUUGGUUGCCACUUAAAAAUGAACAAUAUAUUUUUCCUUGAUUUGACA